AUUAAAUAUUGAUCACUAACCAUAUAACCAUAUUUGGCAGCGGGUGGUUUGAAGCCACUGUUUGCAAAAAAGUCGUGUGAAUCAUCGCAAAGAAAUUUAUCAGCAAUACUUUAUCAGUUAUCAAUAUAGUACUAGCAGAGUAUUGAAUAUGACUUCUAAAAAAGUGACUAAAGCUUAUAUUGGGAAGAUUCUCUUUCUUCACGGGUAUACUCAGUCAUCAUCAAUUUUUUAUGCAAAGACUUCAGCUUUACGUAAGAGACUUACAAAAUUAAAUUAUAAAUGUGUAUAUCUUAAUGCUCCAUUAAAGUUAACUCCGGCUCAAUUACCGUCUAAUGAUGCAUUAUCAAAAUUUGCAUCUGUAGUACAUAAUGAUGAAGAUGAUGACACAGAAUAUAGAGCAUGGUGGGUUAAGCCACAAAAUACAAAUGAUGGGAUUUCUCUAGACGAUGCUAUUGAUACUAUUAAAAAUUAUAUCAGAAAUGGAAAAUUAAUUGCUGAUCCUGAUUUAAAUCAAGAUAAUGAUGAAGAAGAUGAACAACUUAAAAGUUUACCUAUAACAGGAAUAGUUGGAUUUUCUCAAGGGGCAUCUUUGGCAGGGAUUUUAAUUCAUAAAUUUAAAGAUUUAUUUAAUGUACCACCACCAAAAUUUGUGAUAAUGUAUAGUGGAUUUAAAUUAGAUACUAGUGUUAAAUCAGGAAAUGAUAAGUAUGAUGAUUAUUAUGCCAAAGAAGAUAAAAAGAUUAAUGAUUAUAAUUAUUUACACGUAUAUGGAGAAUUAGAUACUGUUGUUGAUGAAACUAGAUCGUUAUCAUUAUAUAAUAUAACGAAGUCAAAUUCUGUAUUAUUAAAACAUCCAGGAGGACAUUUCGUACCUAAUUCAAAAAUUUAUAUUGAUCAAGUUACUAAUUGGAUUCAAGUUGUAACUAAAGAAUAUGAAGCUAAGGAUGAAAAUAAAAAGAAAACUGUUGCAGUAGAUGAUGAUAUAGAUUCAUUAUUGGAUAUGAUCGAUAAUUUGGGUAAGGCUUAAUCAAUAUGAGACUGUAUAAAUAGAGAUGCUUAAGUCAUAGAAUAAUUAAUAUAUAGUAAAUUUAAUAUGAAUUUAAUAGAGCCCAAGAUUUUUUGCAAUAAAAAAUUCUCGAUCUUUCUAUUAGGUAAAAAUCAGUGCGACAUUACAAAAGAUUUAU